CCUCUGACCCCUGGCAGCCCAGGGACAGACGUCACCCUGGAGUUGGACAGCUGGAUCGAUAAGUUCUGUUUGGACGCCGACGUCUUCGUUCUGGUGGGGAACGCCGAGUCCACGCUGAUGAACACGGAGAAGUUGUUCUUCCAUAAGGUCAGUGAGCGGAUCUCCAAGCCGAACGUCUUCAUCCUCCAUAACCGCUGGGACGCCUCGGUGACGGAGCCUGAGCUCAUCGACCAGGUGAGGAAGCAGCACCUGGACCGCUGCAUCAGCUUCCUGUCAGAGGAGCUGCGGGUCGUUGAACCGGACCGGGCCGCUGGCAGAAUCUUCUUCAUCUCUGCCAAGGAGGUUCUGAUCUGCAGGACGCAGCGGAACCAGGGCAUGCCGGAGACAGGGGGCGCUCUGGCUGAAGGCUUCCAGGACCGGCUGACCGAGUUCCAGCAGUUCGAGAGAACCUUCGAGGAGUUCAUCUCUCAGUCGGCGGUCCGGACCAAGUUCGAGCAGCACACGGUGCGGGCGUGGCAGAUCACCGAGGACAUCAAGACCGUCAUGGACGCCAUCAACAUCGCAUCGGCCGACAGGAAGAUCUGCUGUCUGGAGGAGCGGGAGGAGCAGCGGGACCGGCUGGACUUCGUCCGGGGUCAGAUGAGCCGUCUGAGCGACAGCGUGAAGAACCGGAUCAGAACCCUGACGGACGACGUCACCGCCAAGGUUCCCCCGACCGGCAGAACCUGGGUUCUGGUUCCGGUGGCCUCGGCGCUGCUGGACCAGAUCCAUUCCCUGCCGGUUCUGGUGGAGGAGUUCCGGGCCGACUUCAGCCCGACCCCAGAGAACCUGGAGCUCUACAAAAGUAAGUUGGUGCAGCACCUGGAGCAGCGUCUCUCUGGCGGUCUGGCCCAUCGUUGCCAUGGCGACGUCCUCAGGGACAUCCGGGACGCCCAGAGACUCAUGACCGACAGCGUGCGUCCACUGGUGUCGCCGUCCGUCCAGCAGCAGCUCUGUGCUCCGUCCUCGUCCUUCGAGAUGACCUUUGACCUCAGCCUGGCCGCCCUCUGCGCCGACUUCAGGGAGGAUAUCGACUUCCGGUUCUCCUUGGGCUGGACCGCCCUGGUGACCCGCUUCGUCGGCACCGCAGGCGCCCGCCGGGCGCUGACUGUCCCCGAGGACGGACCAUCCCUCAAGGACCGGCUGGUGGUUUCCAUGGCAACGAGCCUGGUGUCGGUGUCCUCCAGGGCGUCCAUGGCGGUGCUGCUGAUCGGGGGCGUGGUGUGGCGCUCGGUGGGCUGGCGGGUCGUCGCCCUGUCCGUCUCCCUCUACGGUUUGCUCUACCUGUAUGAGAGACUCACCUGGACGGCCUCCAGCCAGGAGCGCGCUCUGAAGCAGCAGUUCACAGAGUUCGCCGCCUUCCGCCUCCGCGCUGUCGUCCCCGUCACCAGCUCCACCUGCAGUCAGCAGGUGUUCAAGGAGCUGACCUCCACCUUUAGCCGCCUGACCCAGAGAGUGGACCUGAGUGAGGCGGAGCUGGAGGGACGGAUCAGGCAGCUCACCUGCAGGAUCCAGAGGCUGGAGGCGACCCAGAGGAAGUCCAAGGCCUUCAGGUGAGGGGCGCUCGCUUUACCUGCCCUGGUG